UUGAUCUGGGAUGUGUCUAAGGAAGCACCACCUGACCUGUGGCUUGUUUUUUUUCCAGCCUAUAAAACUGUCUCGGGUGUGAACGGGCCCCUGGUUAUCCUGGAUCAAGUCAAGUUCCCCAGGUACGCAGAGAUCGUCCACCUGACCCUUCCCGAUGGCACAAGGAGGAGUGGGCAGGUCCUGGAAGUCAGUGGCUCCAAAGCUGUGGUUCAGGUAUUUGAAGGCACUUCAGGGAUUGAUGCCAAGAAAACCUCCUGUGAGUUCACCGGGGACAUCCUGCGGACCCCGGUCUCGGAGGACAUGCUUGGCAGAGUGUUCAAUGGAUCAGGAAAACCUAUAGACAGAGGCCCCAUUGUCUUGGCUGAAGAUUUCCUGGACAUUAUGGGUCAGCCCAUCAACCCCCAGUGUCGUAUCUACCCAGAAGAAAUGAUCCAGACUGGGAUUUCAGCUAUAGAUGGCAUGAACAGUAUUGCCAGGGGCCAGAAAAUCCCCAUCUUCUCAGCUGCUGGGCUGCCCCACAACGAGAUUGCAGCUCAGAUCUGUCGCCAGGCUGGCUUGGUGAAGAAAUCCAAAGAUGUGAUGGACUACAGUGAGGAGAACUUUGCCAUCGUGUUUGCUGCUAUGGGGGUGAACAUGGAGACAGCUCGGUUCUUCAAAUCUGACUUUGAGGAGAACGGGUCCAUGGACAACGUGUGCCUGUUCCUCAACUUGGCCAACGACCCAACCAUCGAGCGCAUCAUCACCCCCCGGCUGGCCCUGACAACUGCAGAGUUCUUGGCUUACCAGUGUGAGAAGCACGUGCUGGUCAUCCUGACAGACAUGAGCUCCUAUGCUGAGGCCCUGCGGGAGGUGUCAGCAGCCCGGGAGGAGGUUCCUGGGCGCCGGGGUUUCCCGGGGUACAUGUACACGGACCUGGCCACCAUCUACGAGCGCGCGGGGCGCGUGGAGGGCAGGAACGGCUCCAUCACCCAGAUCCCCAUCCUCACCAUGCCCAACGACGAUAUUACUCAUCCUAUCCCUGACCUGACUGGGUACAUCACUGAGGGACAGAUCUACGUGGACAGGCAGCUGCAUAACAGACAGGUGUGUGCUGCAACACUUGAAAUUAUUCCUGUUAAUUCCUGGAUGUUUCUCCCCCAGAUUUACCCACCCAUCAACGUCCUGCCCUCCUUGUCUCGACUGAUGAAGUCAGCUAUUGGGGAGGGGAUGACCAGGAAGGAUCAUGCAGAUGUGUCCAACCAGCUGUACGCCUGCUACGCCAUCGGGAAGGACGUGCAGGCCAUGAAGGCCGUGGUGGGGGAGGAAGCCCUCACCUCCGACGACCUGCUGUACCUGGAGUUCCUGCAGAAGUUCGAGAAGAACUUCAUUGCUCAGGGUCCCUACGAGAACCGCACGGUGUACGAGACCCUGGACAUCGGCUGGCAGCUCCUGCGCAUCUUCCCCAAGGAGAUGCUCAAGAGGAUCCCCCAGACAACGCUGGCCGAGUUCUACCCCCGGGAUUCCACUGCAAAGCACUAACCCUGCUCCCCCUGCCCCUGCUCUGUGAGGUGCUGGUUUGGUUUCUGUCCCCGUGUGUUGGUGUUUACUCGUCGCCCUUUUAGGAUUCAAAGCCAGGAGUAGGUGACACCCGUGCCAGUGUUCCCAUGUCCACCAAGACCAGCUUUUAAAAUAUCCCUUCUCCAGGAGAACACUUAGGCCAGCUCUGACAAAUGUGCAAUAGCCACCACCAGGUUUGGUUUCUUCCUGAGCUGAACCUCUUGAGGGCAUUUCAGGGGAGUUGUCUGAGGAUCACCAGAAACUGCAAAUCUCUGCUUGCACACUGUGGUUUAGGGGAGCAUGAAAGAGCAAAUGUGACUUGCAUGACAGCAUUCCUGUCUGGAAAAUGCAAGUUUUGAGCCGUGGCUUAAGGUUCUGAAAGGUUUGUGUGAACUGAGGACACGAGGAGGCAAAUGCUGGGGGCUUUUCCACCAGCAGAGGGUCUUUCAGAGGACACAGGCCAGUGAGUUGCUACCUGGAAGUAGCAUAAUUACUGAAUUAAAGGUUUUAAAUUGAAGUUUGCAGACUAAGUUUCCUACUUAACCCUUUUUUUCUUUGAAUUCUGGAAAUGCCAGGGACACAAACCAGCAGCUCAAGUGAUUCUGAGCUCAGAAGUGUCACCACAACUGCUGGUAAUUCAAGGCUUUGUGCUGCUGCUGAAGGGGAUUCUGAGGGGUGAGCAAACCCACCUUAAACCUGACACAGGUGGGAGCUCAGCUUUUACAGAAUGUCCUGCACUAAAUGAUGCAACAGGAGGAAAAAAAAAAAAAACCCAAACAAACAGGUUUUAGUGUCAGAAAGGAUAUUUUGAAUCCUGCUCUGGGUGUGCUGGGCCCGUGCUGUGUCUGAAGCUGUUGUGGUUUGCACUCCAGGCCCGGAUUUGACUGGCCCUGAGCUCAGCAUUCCCAAACCCUGCAAUCUUGGCCAGGCAAUUCCGGGCUGUUCUUUUUCCAGCGGGUUCAGACGAGGCUCCAGGCCCUGCUGCUGGCAGACUUCCACGCUUUUUUCCCAGGCUUCACACAAGUCUGAGCUCUGCUCUGGCUCACCAAGGCAUGUUGCACCUCUCUGAACGCCUUCAGUGCCCGUCUGGGGAGGUGUGAACAGGCCUGGGCUGCCAGGGUGUGCUAAUUCCAGCUCCCUGACGUCUCCAUGUGCAGCUCUCCCCAGUUCUGUGUUCCCUGUGGCUGCAGCAGCGACUCUAUUCCGGUGCAUUCCACCCAAAGCUGUGUCAAGUCUCUCUUUUUUUUUCCUCUUUUUUUUUUCUCGAGGUCGGGGUGGGAGGUUGGAAGUGUUGGCAUGAAAAUACUUUAAUGUAGAGAAUAUCUAAAUAAAUUAAAUAUGGAAGGUGUUGAAGACAA